GUUCUGGAGAACCAGCCUCUGAGAGCAGUGCAUCCGCAGAGAGAAGAUAAAGAAUCACCAGCCGGAGAAAUCCCAUCCAGACGAAUUACACCAGCUUAAUCUCACAUUUAUUAACCGAUGGCUGCGAAGAAAUGGAAACUGACGCCUCAUGCUGUAACGGAAAGCGCAUCUUCCUUCAUAGCGCAUAUCAACCACAACAGUAACAACAACAACAACAACAACAAAGACAGCGAGGCGAGCGAAGAAGCAGCAUCAACGGCCACGACAGUUCCUGUGGAGGUGAGCGGGGAAGACAACAGUCCGGCAGACGGCGGUUUCUCUAGGGCUAGUGGGGGAAACGGAAACGGCAAGUGGGUCCGGCUGAACGUGGGUGGUACAGUGUUUCUCACCACACGGCAGACGCUGCUGAAGGAGCAAACCUCGUUUUUGUAUCGUCUGUGCCAGCAGCAGGACCUCCAGUCUGACACGGAUGAAACGGGUGCCUACGUAAUCGACAGAGACCCUACAUAUUUUGGUCCUAUACUCAACUACCUUCGACAUGGGAAACUGGUGUAUAACAAGGAACUGGCCGAAGAAGGUGUCUUGGAGGAGGCAGAGUUUUACAACAUUACGCCAUUAAUAAAAUUAAUUAAAGAGAGGAUCCUAGAGCGAGAUUGUAAAGCGUCUCAGGUGCCUCCAAAGCAUGUGUACAGGGUGUUGCAGUGCCAGGAGGAGGAGCUGACUCAGAUGGUGUCCACCAUGUCGGAUGGCUGGAAGUUUGAGCAGGUCAGCGUGCGAGCCUGCCGAAAGCCCCGCCCUGGACUGCUCUGGACUAUGGUGAACAUUGGUUCGUCCUAUAGCUAUGGCACAGAGGACCAGGCUGAGUUCCUCUGUGUUGUGUCCAAAGAGCUGCACACAUCUGGUGGUGGUAUUGGGAUCGAGCAGAGCCACAGGACUAAGACAUCAGAGAUUCAGGAGGAAGAAGGAGCAAAGGAUGAGCAGGAGGAGGAGAGCGACAGCAAUGCCAGCGCUAAUGAGUGGAUUAGAGAUUAGGAGGCUUGUGUCAUUGUUCCAGUCGCAGCAAUGGUUUUUCCAGAUUCAUGGAUCCCAGACAUAGAGAGCCCACUUCAUCUUCACUUUUGUCAAGUUUCCAGAUCCAGUUUUGGAUGACCAUAAUUACCCUUAAGAACUACUGAAUUUUCCUUCUCAGAGAGCAGUGGGGGGAAAAUGAUCCACCUUAUAACCAGUGGCAAAAAUACAGUGUAAGAAGUUUGAAAUGGAUUAAGGAUGCAUUAAGGAUGUCUAAAAGGAAGAGUGAGGUAUGAGGUAUUACUGCAUAAACAAAACAUAUUUUAGUAAUCUGUAACCAAAGAGAAAACUAAUCGUGGUAUAGGAUUAGUGAUGGGAAAAAUUCCAGUGCACUGUUGGGAUAAAAUAACGUGUUUUAAAACAUUGUGAGCCCCCAGCUGGGAAAAUAAAGCCCAAGCUUGGGCCAUGACCUGAAAGGAAUACUCCAGUGUUUUUAAAUUGAACCUCUAUCUGCCACAUCUAUACCUAGCCCUGUCACAAUUAUUACAUAAUCACCUGAUCACAAUUAUUUAUGCUGACCGCAGUUAUUUCCCACAAAUCAGUCAUGAUUAUGGUGCAACAAACAACAUGAAUUGGGUGUGUUUUCAUCCGUUAGGUUGAGGCAAAUACAUGGAAAUAAAAGAAAGCAGAAAAUGCAUUUAUUGAGACACCUCUCUUGUCUUACAGAUCUUGGGAAAAUAUUUUGCAUAGCACAAAAAGUAAUGUUAAAAAAAAAAAGCACACACACAAAAAAACUUUGCUUAGCACAUGGUCAUUUCGCCCCUUGCUGUCAUAUCAUCAAGUAUGGUAGUUCUGCAGGGUCUGCUGCUCUAUUAGUGUCCUCAUCUGAUGUCAUGUUUAACAUGUGCGCACAUCCUGUUAACUUUCUAGGUAAUGUUAUUUCUCAGUUCACGAGAGAACAUUCACUGAGAAUUCAUUGAGAACGUUCUUAAUUCACAAUUUCAACUUCCCACAUCCACUCCAGCCGAUUUACCUUUGCAAAGCAGUUAAAAGCACUGUCCUCAUUUGUGAAAUCAGUCAGUAGGCGUGACGAGGGGGAACGAAAGGGAUAAAAAAAACAUUUCGUAGUGGUAUCGAUUUGCAGUCUCUUGAAAUAAUUGGCAUUACGCCUAGACCACUGUAGUUGUGUCAUCAUUUUGUAGUCGGUGCCAUGUUCUUAUGCUCUGUGCCAUGUUCUUAUACUCUGGGCCUAAGCUCCAUUUCUCUAUGGCCAGAAUGAAUGAGGUUUUCGAAAAAUCGCCGCUGUCGCACCCUGUGUUAAAUAAAAAUUUUCAGAACCAGAUACAUUUUAUCCUGUGAACAUUCUUCUCCCGAAUACCACUGGGUCCUCUGAAUCCAGGUCGUUAAAGAGUUGAAAUAUGAAUAUUGCUACAUGUAAGCUAAAGCUACUGUGCACUAAAUUCACAUCAAUAGACUGACAGUCUCCUUAAGCAGGUUUUGGCAGUAAACAUUUCCAAGUACAGGCUGAGGGCAGAUGAAAACAAGCGAGAACAAAAUCAGCAGGUUUCCCUGCAGUUCUCUGUUCUUGAUCUGAUGCUCACUGAAACACGAUA